AUGCAGUCGAGUGAUGGCGGAGACCAUGCUUGGUACGGCGCCACGGUGUUCAGCUCAAACGAUCGGACGGAUCGUCACUCCUCGUGGGCUUGCGCAGAGGGCACCCUAGAAGAAGUCCAGUUCCGCGUCAAGCCUGGCGUGGAGAUAGCGUCCUACGAUAUAGCAGAUUGGCUAGGUGUCUUGCAAUCGUUCCCACUCGAUCAGGACUUGGGCGAGCACAGCACCACGUUGACACUAGAUGUAGCUGCAAGAUACCGGUCAUGGCUUGUGGACUGCGAGUCGCAGCACGCACUCUGCAAUGCACCGGCAAACGGAGUCCGACCAGCUCGUCUCCUCGAAGUGACGGGGACGUCCGACGAGCACAUUCAACUCGUGCCCGGUCACUUGGUGGACGAAGGCUACGUCGCUCUUUCUUACUGCUGGGGCAAGGCUGAGAUCCCGAUCCUUACGAAGGCAAGAUUACAGGACUCAAAGCUGUUGCCUCGCAUCAAGGAUUUGCCGCUUUUGUAUCGGGGUGUCAUGCGGCUUCUAAGCGUGAUGCAGAUACGCCAUCUCUGGAUCGACUCUUUAUGUAUUGUUCAAGACGACGACGAACAUCGUGAUCGCGAGAUACGUGGGAUGGGAUCCAUCUACGGCAAUGCGCGUUUCGUCAUCGUGGCCGCCAUGGGUCACAGCCCAUACGAGGGCCUAUUCGAGCCUCGCUCAUCUCGCGGCUUGGGUCACAUGUGGUACGAUUGCCUCAUUAGCGACGCAGAGGAGCCGUUUGUCCAGAUCCGGAGGACGCCUCUACAUGGGCUCGGACGCUCCUCCGACUUCAGAUCGCCGCCUCUCGCCGAGCCAGUGUCGCAGCGCUCGUGGACCUUCCAGGAACGACUCAUGGCGCGCCGGUGCCUCACUUUCACCUCUCACGAGACCCCUAUCGUCCUCGACGGCAGUCCGAUUCAACAAUGGUUCGAAAGUCCGGAGGUGGCCGAGCUAUUCUGGUGGCGUGCUGUGAAGGAAUACGCCGGCAGGUCAAUAAGUAAGCCUGCAGACUAUCUCCCUGCGAUAUCAACACUUGCGGCUGUUGUGUGCCAAGCGACACAGCGUCCAUAUCUGGCCGGCCAUCUGGAUACCGACCGACUUAUCGAGCAGUUAUGUUGGGAGAUUGACACACGGACCAAGCUCUACUGGCCAACAGAACACGGCUAUGUAGCACCGUCCUGGAGCUGGGCUUCUAGCAAUGCAAGCAUAAUCCACACCGGCGUUUACGAGCUACGGGGUCCAGGCGACACACCAUCCGCUCAAGUCACAUCCGCAGAAUGCGUAGCCGGAACCACGAAUUCGUUUGGUGCUGUGAAAAGUGGUCACAUCGUCCUAAGAGCCCGAGUCUGUGCUGUCAUGCUUCACGUUCAAGGAGAGCGGCAUCAGACGAUGUUGACACAAGCCGACCCUAUAUUGCAGGACGGUGGCAGGAACCACAUGACAGCAGUUGGUCCGACCCUCACCACCCUGGAAGUCAUGGGUCAGAGUGGUCGUCUGGUUCUCGAUGGCUCUGUUGCUGAAGUCACGUCAGCUGGCUCUCCUGUCGCAACGCUGCAGAUUCGCAUCCCCGCUUCCGAUGUCGUAGACGAAGAGGCCAUAUCGACAUCGCGAUGCGGCGAAGUGUUUCUGCUCGAGGUGUUCCGUAGAAAGAAAUUCCUUGUGGUAGCGAGGUCUGUUUGCAAUCCGGAUGCCUUUGUGCGACUAGGUAUGCUUCAUUAUGGCGAGAAAAACGACCGCUACGAGGCUAGCCGAUGGGUAGACGCUACGGACAAAGCAUGUGAGUGGCAGGAGAUGAAGCUUGUGUAG